AUGACUUUGAUCGUGGCCGGACUGCUCAUCAAAACUCGGAUCCCGCCCCGACGCGCUGCGCCACUUGUAGAGUGGGCCGCCUUCAAGGAAUCUGAGUACAGCUUUUAUGCGGUUGGAGCUUUCAUGUGUUUCUGGGGAACGUACUUUGCAUUCCACUAUCUUGCUGCAUUUUCACGCGAUAUUAUGGGGCUAUCGUACACGGACUCACUCGACCUUCUGCUUGUCCUCAAUGGUGUGGGUGCGUUCGGUCGCAUCAUCCCAGCUCAGAUUGGCGACGUCAUUGGUACGAUCAACAUAUUUGCGCCUAUGGCCUUCAUGACCGGCACUGUCAUGUUUUGCUGGAUCGGAGUUCACAGUAUCACAGGGCUGUACGUCUGGUCAGUAUUCUACGGAUUUGCUGUUGGUGGCGUCCAGUCGCUGUUUCCUUCUGUCCUCAGCAGUUUGACUGCAGAUCCGCAAAAGCAAGGGACGAGGAUGGGUAUGGUCUUCACCGUGGUAAGCUUCGCGUGUCUGACCGGAUCACCAAUUGCUGGCGCCAUAAUCAAUGCCAUGGGGGGCAGCUAUGUAGGUGCCCAAGCAUUUGCAGGCAGCUGCAUGAUUUUGGGUAUGAUCUUUGUUCUUUCGGCGAGAGUCUGCAAGACUCGAAAGAUGGGAGUUGGCGCGAUUGCUUGGAUCAAGGUCUGA